AGCAAUAUGCCUGCCUGAAUAUUAAGCAUCAGAUUUACUCCGAUACUUGUUUGGUUUGGGCUGUUGAAAAGUCAGGAUCGAAAAUUUAUUUCGAUUAAAAUUUUCCUAUUUUUGUGCUAAACGAGCAACAAUUUGACCAGAUAAAAAUGUGCUGCGGGUAUCCGUGCUAUCCUUGUGCCGCUCUGUGUCCUUGCGGCGGAUGUGGACCUAGUGGAUUCUACGACCCCUGCUUCGGUCCCUUCAACGGCCCAUUUAACUCUUGGUGCGGCCCGAGUGGACCUGGAUUCUGGGGUGGACGUUGCUGCUGAGACCAUUUCACUGGACCAUUUCACUAAGGGUCUGGUCUCUCUGUGAUCGUUGCAGAAAAAAAUCAGGAAACUAUUCCCACUUCCAUCGUAUUCAACAGUCCCAAACAAGUCGGUUUUGCAUACCCAGCCAGACCAAACGAAAAAAUUUAUAUGUGAUUCCAUUUUACUUAAAUAUAGUAAUAUACUAGAUAUUAUGCAAAUAUUUAGUAUUUUAACAAUAUAAUUAGUGCAGCUAUAAGAAAAUAAAUGUCAACGAAAAUGGUAA